AUGAACUGGGGUCCUGGACGAUCACCACCCGUCAAAUGGGGAAAAGAAUUCCAGCCGAACCACGUUCGUCCCAUGGUCUUGGCGGGAACCAGAUUGAUUGGCAAAUUGGGUUUCCGGUUUAAUGCGGCUGAUAUUGAGACCGAGAAAUGGAGCAUUUACUGUCGUCUUAACAGUCUUUUACUUUGCAUUUCCCAGGGAAUCAAUACACGGAUAUGCACUUCUUUCCCAAUGCUGGUGGGGGGGAGUUCUUGGCCUGUCGUCUGGACUGGUGCUACACUAGAGUACAGUACAGUACAUCAGCCCCAUGUAACCAAAAGCGAGGUUGAAGCGAACCCUGUCGACGAAUCGUUAACGGCCAGUGCGUUCCCGGCUGUCAGCCAAGACUUUUGGCUUCUUCUCGCUUUGUCUCUUAGCGAAUGA